UUUCUAGCUGCCGGGGUGGAGUUCGCAUCUCUUUUAAAUCCAUUCCAUCGGACGAUUUUAGACAAUAAAAUUACACAAUUUUAGAAUAAAUAUUUUCGUAAGACACUCGUCUAUUGAUUUUUGUGAUUAUUUUGAUAAACUGUCCGUGGGAUUUAUAUAAAAAUAUAUCCCAAGCAAAGGAGGGACAAAGGGAGCCCGAGCCUCCGAAGAUGAGAAAGGGGGUUUCCUCGGUCCCGGAGAAAUUGAUAUUAUCGGGGGUCGGGGGCUCUACCCUUGACAGAAAUUCUGUUUUAACGCAUCUACCUGAUCGUCUGACCACCAGUUAUUCCACUGCUACUUACAUACAAAUAAUUACUCCACCGUCCUGUGCAGCACAUUCUAACAAUGUCUGUGCGCCUGAUCCACAAACUGGCAGUUUGCUGUAUACUACUCCCCACGGACCAAGCAACGGAACGGGACAACGACCACCUUUAGGACGACCUCCGGCAAAACGUCGGCUGGAGCUCGAUAUCACAGACCACCAGUACAGUGACCCUACCAAGACUGCGAAAGGCAAACGGGGACCCCUUCAGCCGAAAAGCCCCAAAACGCCCAAAUCUCCACCAGAGAAGACCCGCUAUGACACGUCACUGGGGCUGCUGACCAAGAAGUUCUGUCAGCUCCUUGCCCAGUCCUCUGACGGCGUUCUGGACCUCAACCAAGCAGCCGAGGUUCUGAAAGUCCAGAAGAGACGCCUCUAUGACAUCACUAACGUUCUGGAAGGUGUCCGCCUCAUCAAGAAGAAAUCCAAAAACAACAUCCAAUGGCUGGGUUGCAACCUGACCUCGGAAGGGGGCCCCCUCUCUCAGCACCACCCAAAGCAGAGUCUGGACCGGGAGAUACUGGAACUGAGUCAGGAGGAGCGGCGCUUGGACGACCUCAUCCAGACGUGCACACACAAGGUCCAGCGAAUGACCGAGGACACGCAGAACCAGAAGUAUGCGUAUGUCGGCUAUCAGGACAUCCGUCGGAUUAGUAGCCUCCGAGACCAGACGGUAAUUGUGGUCAAAGCUCCACAAGAGACCAAACUGGAAGUGCCUGAUCCCAAAGAAAGUUUACAGGUUCACCUGAGCAGCUCACAGGGCCCUAUUGAUGUCUUCCUCUGCACGGACGAAAACAACCCUGGCAGCCCGCUGAAGAAUGGCCUGGAUGUGAAUGGGAACCACACCACCUUUGUCAAAGUUUCUCAAGAUGGCGUGUCUAGCGAUGGCAUCACGGUAAAUGGCGGCAGCGGCACAAGCGGCGGCGGCAGCGGCAGCAUGAUCAGCACCCCGGUGAAAAGCCAGCCGCCGAACCUCGGCGUUCCGCCCCUGUCCCCGCUCUCGGCCUCCCUCUCGAGUAUCCUGCAGCAGUCCGACGACCAGAUGCCCUUCGUCACGCUCUCGCCGGCGCUGCUCAGCGACGACUACAUGCUGGGCCUGGACGACGACGAGGGCAUCAACGACCUCUUUGACUCCUACGACCUGGACACGCUCCACUUCGAUGACCUCCUUUGCAACUGACCCCCUCACCUCCAAGGCCCCCCCCCCCCCCCACCUGAAGCGACGACUGCAGAGAGGAGGGGAUUUACAGUCCAGCUGAUGAGGUGUUUUAUCUGAGUGGUGGGGGUGGGGGUGGUGGUGAGUAGCGACUACACCGAGAGCGCAGAGAAUGAAUUCACCCUGGGAACCCUUUGGUGACACGCGUGCACCUUAUUUUGGGAGAAGUGAAGUGACUACUGGGCUAGGAUGUGGGUGAAGAAGCAUGGAGGGGUGAUGGUGGGCAGAAUCACCUCACCGGGCCACAGGAUCUGUAGUCACAGUACUGUGUUGCACUCCAGGAUUCUCUUGGCCACAGACUUUUGUCGGUGUCCUUAAAGCUAAAGACUGCUGUGUUUUGUUUUUUUCUCCAUUUUUGUUUUUUUUUGUUGCUUAGUUCAGCUUGUUUUUUUGUUUUGUUUCUCUGUUGUACAGUGAUACAAGUUAGCAUCAUGGCACUAUAUUCUACAGAACAGAAUCGUCAGUGAUCGGUUUUGUGGAAAUUUGCAAACACAUCAUUGUGUCGAAAUGCUCGGAAUGUUUGUCAGUUUUUGGCCAGUUGUCACAACUCUGUAUUCCUGCUCCCCUCUUUCGGGUGUGUGUGUGUGUGUGCGUGUGCGUGUAUACUUGCAAUGAUUGAACAUGACUGCAUGAACGAUGUGUAGUCUCCCUCUCUCUCUCAAUUGAAAAGGAAAAGGUUGGAGUCACAUGCGUAAAAUCCACCAUUCUCCGGCUGGAGGCAAUGAAAUGGAAAUGGGCCGACCUCCCAUCGCACACAAAAAAAAGAGACAAAAGGAGAAAUUACAAGUCAUCAGUCGCCGCUCAAUCUCCAGCCGUCUGAAAACAUUGAAAAGGUCAGACGAUUUAGCUGGUGCAGUCAUGCGUAGGUUCAUUUGGACAAAAUUUAAAUAGAAAAUGGCAAUUACUUCUAACCCCAGUAAAUCAAUCAGAUGCUGGCUGUCUGCAGAGGCAUUACAUGCUCCAGCCACAGUGCUAAGAGUAUCUCAGGGCCACUUCAAAAUGUAGUACUUGAUCAAUGCAUUUCAUCAUUAAUCACCGUUUAGAAGAAAUGAUGGACAAAACUGAGAAGUGUGGCUUGAGGGUUACGUUCACUCCUCGUCUUCCAAGCUAUGUGUUCUGAAAAAAUAAUAAUUCUCAUGCUUGGCUUUAGUCAUUUUUGCUUUGUUAUUUUAGUUUGGUUUUGUUAAUUUAUUUUCAGUCAAGCAGUCAUACUUGUACCCAUUGACUGGGUAUCCUACCUUUUUACAAGCAGAUUUUCAGACACAGUUGUAUACGUUUCCACUCGCUGGAAAUGUGAGCGCUUUAUAUCCCCUAUAUAGAAUGCUUUGUGAAGGACAGAUCACUGGGGGAAAUGGUGUGUUUGUGUUUGAGUGAUGAGAUGAAGUAUUGCCUUCAACCUGGAAUAUGCUGAAGACUCCUUGUUCUUUGAAAGCCAUUUUAUAAUAAAUAAAGCUCUGAUGUCAAUGCAUUAGGUACUCGUAGACUACCUCUUGAGCAGAGUAGUUGUGAUUUUAAUUAUUUUUUUGUUUUGUUUUGUUUUUUGAGCUAGCUUUUGUAAUGUACACGUUUUACAUUAUUAAUUUCCUUCAAAAGCUGUGUUUUAAUGGUGGUUCCUCUUUCGAAUAGUUCCCCUGGAAAAUUCUGUACAAUUUGUCAGAUUGCAGAAGUAGUCACUUUACAUCACUUACCAACAAACACCAUCUUGUGCUUUAACCAUCUGUAGAACGAUGGUUGGUUAGCAGUGCAAUUUGCACCAAAGUAGUAGUUGAUCUGUUAGUUUGGUAGGGUUUUAUUCUGCCACUUGUAAAAUCAUGGAGUCUAUUACUGUGAUGACUGUAUAGUGAAAUAGCAUGACUUUGAUGACAUCAUCCACUGGAAUGGAGUGUACAUGUUGGAACCGAAACAUGGCAAAGUGUCACGUUUUACACCCUAUAAUGUAAAAAUUGUGCCUUUUUUUCUUUCUUUGGAUGAGAUAUAAUCUGCUCAACAAGCUGUUUCAAAUGCUGCAGUGUACAUGUCAAGAAGAAUCAGUCAUGGACAUAUUUGAAGUAUUCCAAAAAAAUGCCACGGAUAGGCUCCUUCCUCCAACUCAUUGCUGUUCAAUUGUUGAAGAUCGAACCAUGUACUAGCCUGAACAUCUAUUCUGUGAGCUCUGUUGGGAGAUCUUUGUUUUGUGUUCCACCCCCCCACCCCCCCCCCCCAUUUCAUGCCUGAUCAGUAAUCUGGUGGUGGAAAUUAAGCUCUCUUGGUUGGUUCAGUUAGAGAGACCUAGCUGCCUUGAAUCAUGGUUGGUCAUCUCAGACUUUGUUUUAAAAUGUUCGUGUGGAUUUUGGAGAAACUCAUUUGCUUCAGUUUUUCUAAAGACCAAAUGUAAUUGAGAACAUUCAUCAUGUGUUCAUUCAAGCUAAUUCUCAGAGAUGUGGCUGACUUGAUGGUUCUGAACAAAAAAUGUGGCAUUUUAUCAGAAACGGUGAGCUUUGAACCUUUAAAGAAAAGACUAAAUGCAUAGUUGAAUCAGGGUUAAUUUAAAAUGUGUUCCGACCUACAAUUAAGUGUGUUUAACACUUGUAGAUUUUUUUUCUUUUGCCGUUGUGUGUGAAUUGUACAUAAAAAAAAAAACCUAAAAAAAAAAAAGUUUUAAUAAAGAUGUGUUGAAGCGUUUUGUACCUGUA